AUGAUGACUUGUAUUAAAUGUAAAAAACGAACAUGUAUAUUUCAUCGUAUAAAAUGGCAUGUUGCAAUGACAUGUAAACAAUAUGAUCAAUGGAAAACUUCAUCUACUGACUUUGAUACACUUACAUGGUUGAAAAAAAAUUCAAAAAAGUGUCCAAAAUGUCAUUCAUAUAUUGAGAAAAUUUCUGGAUGUGAUCAUAUGAUAUGUAAAAAAUGUCAACAUGAAUUUUGUUGGGAAUGUUUUGCUGAUUAUAAAAAAAUUCAAAAAGAUCGUUUAAACAAUCAUAUGAAUAGUUGUAGUCAUUAUCGUCGUUCUAAUCAAUUGUAUACACCGGUUAAUACACAAAGAUCAUCAACUUGUAAUAUUUCCUAA